CCAUGGGGAGAUUUGGCGCCACUGAGGCAGCAUAACGCUUCCUCAACGUACCGGACAACGCGGAGACAGCAUAACACCCCCACCGCGCCGGCCCUAGGCCUAACCUAAACUAAGCCUACGCUAAACGCACACAAAAUUGUCAAAUUUCCCAUCUACGAUUUUUAAUAUGAUUAACCAGCGCGCAUGUAAUGAGGCAUUCUCUUUUAAUAAGAUCAAUAUAUUACCGUUAUUUCUAUGAUAUGAUCGGUUAGUGGAGACUAAAGUGCAGUCAAAGACAUCAGAUUAUAACCCAUGGUGAUUGCUUGUUUAUUACUAUCUAGUAUCUUCUUAAACAUGGUUUCGAAAGUGAGAAGAGCUUUCUAUAUUUCUUGCUCUUGUGGGGAUAUAUUGUGUUGACAUUAUUGCUCAGUUUGAAAAUAAACUGAAUCAAUGGCGAUCCAAAACCAUAAUUCAGAUUGGAAGGCUAGUCCUUAUCAAUCAUGUCCUAUCAUCACUACCACUUCAUUAUUUGACCACUGACACAGUGAUACCUUACCCAAAAAAUAAUUUCAAUUUUAGAAAAGAAAAUGGCUACGUUUUUUUUGGGGAUUAUCUAAUAAAAAGCAGGCAUACCACUGGUUAUCUUGAAAAGCAUCAUACUUCCCUAAACUUGAAGGUGGUUUAGGGGUUAGACCGUUAGAUCCCUAUCAUAUUUACAGGAAGCAUAUUCCUAUCAAAUUUGGUAGAAAUAAAGACUCAAUACUUUGUUUUGGGCAACGUACAUGCAUAACCCUUAUCCGAGAAAGGGGACUAUGAUCCCCAAACUACCUGAUUCGCGUAUUUGGAAGAGAUUAUGUCAGGUAAAUAACCAAUGUAUUGAACUUAUCAAAGUAGACUUUGAAGGAAACUUAUCUUGGUUACCAAGAAAUGAUGGAGUGUUCUACCUUUCUUCUUCUUCUUCUUCUUCUUAUGAAGCGAGUUGGCAUUGCAGAGGCACAACCUUUUCGCUGUCCAAAAUCUAGCAUCCUAAACAGGUCCCUAAAUUUCAUAAUUUUCUUUGGAAACUUUAUCAUAACGUUCUACCUUUCCUUCUCUUAUGAGCAGAUUUAGAGCUUUAUUUCCUUCAACUUGCCCGUUCUGUCACAAUUACUCAGCUACUAUGGAGCAUUGCCUAUUAUCCUGUCCAUUCUCCCUUCAAAUUUGGUACUACUUUAUUAGUAUCUUUGGUAUUCCCAAACCUUCUUCUCCUGGAUGCUCUAUCAAACAAUUGUUUAUUUCUUGGUCGCUGGAAUGUAGGAGGAAUAUUAUGGAAAAUCAUUGCCUAUCUUACCAGUUGCAAAAGCAUGGUUUAUUUGGAAAGCUUAUUGUUACGGACCUAGCCAUUGCAGUGCCAUAAGCCAGCCGAUUAGGAGGAAGGGACACCUUGCAUAUAAGCCAUCUCAAUCCCAUAAUAGACGGGUGUGGUCGUUACACUUACUCAGCUAUUACCUGGGGGAGAAGCAGCAACACCCUCUUCUUCCAGGAUUACCUUUACAAUUAAGAAUCACAAUUGGAAUUGAGCAAACAGUCUCCGGGAUUCUAAACAUGAGAAAUCCAACUCUCUUCUCUUUCAAGAAUGUCUUAUAACCAACUGGAAAACUAGGCUGAAGCUGGCAUUUUUGCUGAAACCUAGCUCAGGGUUAAAACUUAAUAUUCACGCUUCGGAUAGUAAAGGUGGUGUAGAUGCGAAAUGGUAGAGAACUGCUAGUUUUUGCGAUUACCUCCCCUACCAAGGCUCUAUCGUUACUACACUCUGACAUGUUGGGGAUAUUUACUGCUAUUCAAUGGGCAACGGAGAAAGGGUAUGCUGAUUUCAUAGUGGAAACAGAUUUGUAUUCUUCGUCUGCUAUUUUAAAUGAGAUUAAGCGACCAGCUACUCUUCUGAGGAAUCUUCAGAGCAACAUUACUGAGAUCUUGUGGAUUACAUUUGUCUUUUGUGAUUUACACACCAAUGAAGUGGCUCAACUAGUCAACUCUGCUUACAAGCUUCAACGAAUCUCAACUACUUUUACAAUACAAAUCAUUUCCAUCAACACAAACAGCUUUAAACUUAGACAGAACUCAUGUACCUUAAAUUAUCUUUGUUUCUGGAUAAGUGUAUCCCUUUCCUUGUUGUAAAAC